AUGUCGGUGCUGCUGGUGCUGCUGUUGGCGCUGGCCGUCGCGGACGCGAGGGACGCCAUGGACUCCGUGCCCAAGGGUUCGUCGCCGUCCUCGCAGGGGCUGACGGGGCUGACGGGGCUGCCCGCCGGCCUGUCGACGCUCAUCAAGUUCCGCUCCAGCCUGUCUACCGCCCAGUCCACCUCCGGCAAGCUGGCGCCACCCCUGUCGCCGCCGGCCGGCUCCCCGCCAGGCCUGGGUUCGAGUCUCGGCGGAGGCCGCCUGGCCAGCCUGGACCCCAACCAGUUUAUCAAGCCGCCAGUCUUUCCAGAAGAGGAGUCCUUCCCGGGGUCCUGCCGGCUGCGCUCCAAGCGGUACGUCUCGGACGGGCUGUGCGUGUCGCCGCGGCCCGUCAACGAGGUGGUGUGCGCCGUCAGCUGCGUCAUGGACGCAUGGUCCAAGGAGGCCGGCACCCGGUCCAUCCCCUGGCGGUGCUCGGACAGCGGCUGGAAGCGACAGCGCGUCCGGCUGCUGUGCCGCGACGGCUCGUCGCGGUCGUACCGCAUCCGCACGGUGCAGACCUGCCGCUGCGUGCCCAGGGCAGCACCCAGGACGUCGUCGGCGCGCCACGGACCUCACGGACCCAGCCCGUCGAGCCGCGCCACGCCCCCGCCCGUCAGCAAGCUGGAGCUGCUCUAG